AUGUGCACUGGACCAAGAAGUAAUCGCUACCCUUCUCAGCCGAAGAUGGAGAGGACCUUGUCACAGGAGGUGAAAACCGUAUUUCCCCACAAAACCUGCUCGAGCCUGCUUGAACUCGCCGCCGCCGACGACUUAACCGGUUUUAUCCACGAGAUAGAAGUAAACGGCUCCGACAUCAACGAGCCGAGCUUCUGGUACUGCAGAGCCUCCGGCUCGAAGAAGAUGGGCCUCUACCUGAGAACCCCUCUCAUGAUAUCCUCCUCCUACAACAGCACACGUGUCCUCAAGUACAUAAUCGACUCCGGCAAGGUCGAUAUCAGCCGAUCCUGUGGCUCCGAUGGCGCCACUCCUCUCCACUGCGCCUCCUCCGCCGGAUCUUGGCCGUCCGAUGAAGAGGCCCGUUCCGGGCCCGAAAGGAGGGAGAUUCUUCUGCUGCCGGACAUCAACGAGGGGGUUUACAUUACAGACGAGUUCCGAAUGUACAGCUUUAAAGUUCGGCCUUGCUCCCGAGCCUACUCCCACGACUGGACCGAGUGCCCGUUUGCCCACCCGGGGGAGAACGCGAGGCGGCGGGACCCACGAAGGCACGGCUACACGCCCGUCCCAUGCCCCGAGUUCAAGAAAGGCGGUUGCCCCAAAGGGGACGGCUGUGAAUACGCGCACGGCGUGUUCGAGUCGUGGCUCCACCCAGCCCAAUACCGAACCCGACUCUGUAAAGACGAGACGGGCUGCUCCCGAAGGGUCUGCUUCUUUGCCCACAGGCCUGAAGAGCUCCGCCCGCUGUAUGCCUCAACCGGGUCAGGCCUCCCGUCUCCCUCAUCGGGCCAGGUGAGCCCGCCCAUCUCGCCCUCUGUCACCUGCUCGUCUCCCAUGGCCCGCCUCACCACUCCUCCUCCCCUGCAUCUGUCGGGCAGCAGCCGGUUGAGGACAGCUGUCAGCGCACGAGACCUCGAGCUCGACUUCAAGCCAACGAGCCUCGAGAGCAUGUUCGGAGGAAUCGGGUCUCCCGAUGCCUCGUUGAUGUCCCAUUUGCAAGGGCUCUCACCCAAGAUAAGCAGUGGGGCCCACAUUCGUUCGAGCUACCCCUCAAGUGUGAGGAAGGCCGGCUCAGGAUACGGGUUCGACUCGUCUGCAGCUGUGGCAGCGGCGGUGAUGGGCUCGAGGUCAGCGGCGUUUGCAAAACAACGGAGCCAGAGCUUCAUUGAUCGGGCUGGGUCGAGGGGGAUGUCGCCCGGCCCGGUUGCGCCCGUGAUUUCGUCGGGCUGGGGUUCGCCGGACGGGAGGCUCGACUGGGGGUUUAGUGGGGAGGAGGCGAACAAGCUGAGAAAGUCUGCGUCUUUCGGGAUUCGGAGUGAGCCAGUGGCGGCGGCGGCGGCAAUGCCGGUGGGCCCAUUAGAGGCCGAUGGGCCGGAUGUUUCGUGGGUUAAUUCGCUGGUGAAGGAUGUGUCAUUGAACGCGGCGGCUCAAUGGGUUGAGCAAAUGUAUAUGAUGGAGCAGGAGCAAAUGGUGGCCUGA